UAUAGGGAUAGAGCUUGGAUUGUUGUAGCUUCCUCUGGGAAAGCAACUUGUCCGGUUGUAGUGAUGAGCUGUUAUUUAGAAAGAGCUGGGCUUUCCUGCAAUAGCUCUUAUUUUGGUUAUUAGCUUAGGGCUAAACCUUUAAGGUAUUCACGGUCAAGAGUAUUAGUGCUACAAGCUUUUAAAGAUAUUGUACCAGAUAUUUCUGCCAUUGGUAUGCAUAGCCUUAGGAGUGGCGGGGCUACUGCUGCCGCAAAUGCUGGCUUGCCAGACUGUUUCUCUAAACGUCAUGGCCGCUGGGCUAAUGACUCAGCUAAGGACGGGUAUGUUUAA